AUGGGUCAGCACUCCGCUAUCUGGCAAGGAUAUGUCGAUUCCAGCUUGAUGGGAUCUGGUCAAUUUGACAAGGCCGGUAUUCUGAGCCACGACCUCUCCGGCCUUGAGGCUGGCUCUCCCGGCUUCACGAUCUCCCCUCAAGAACUCCAGGGCCUUGUCGCUGCCUUUAAGGACCCCAACUCUGCCUUUGGUACCGGUAUCACCGUUGGCGGAGAGAAGUUCGUCACCAUCAAGGCUGACGACCGCAGUCUGUACGGCAAGAAGGGCAAGGAGGGUAUCGUCGUCGUCAAGGCCGUCUCCUGCGUCAUGGUCGCCCACCACGCUGAGAACGCCCAGACCACGAAUGCCGCUACCGUGGUCGAGAACCUCGUUGACUACAUCAACAACCCCCGGUGA